AUGUACGAAGAGGCUGGGGACGACGAAACGUUGAACUCGAAGGAACACUUCGAACGCGCCCUGGUCAGAGCCGAAGGCUGGGUGGCUAUGACGCCGGACGACCAUCCAGCCUGCAACCGGCGUAUUGAGACUUUCAAUCCAAUGCCAGCCAGGAGAAACAAUGCAGAUCAUCAAUCACCCAGAUCGCCGCUGACGUUUGAUCCAAUUCCUACCACAGAGCGCGAACCGAGUCGGAGUGAACUGCUCGAGUAG